AUGGUUGAGUUCGUCGACACGCCGGGCUUGGCCGAUGUCCACGGGCCGCAGAUGGCAGCCCAGGCCAUCAACCAGUUCCUGAAUCAAGCGGCUCAGCAGGACUACAGAGUGAAGAUCUUCUUCGUGAUGACCUUGCAGGCUGGCCGCAUGAAGCCCGAAGACUUAUACACUAUCAAGCAGGUCAUGUCAUGCAUCGUUCUUCCAGGUGGCAACAAGCCUGGGCCCAACAGCUACGGCGUCAUCAUCAAUAUGUGCAAAUUCACAGAGGACAGAUCGUUCGCAGAGUUGCAAAAGCUUGUGCAGUUGCAGCUGGGUGUGGCGAGCAAGGCUGUGCCCUUCACAACCACAUACAUCGAGUAUGUCCCAUACGUUCCGGAUGCAGAUGGUGCUAAGAACGCGACGGUGCCCUGCGCUGACCUGCUGCAACGGCUGAUCGUCUUCCCGGGCAUUUUCGUUCAGUCUGCCUCGCCCAUCGAUGUGAGGGACUGGGAGCAGAGGCUGGAGGACCUCAGAAAGGAGCUGGGGCGUGAAACAGAACAGAAGAUCAAGGAAAUGGAGAAGAAGCAUUCCACCGAGAAAGAAGAGCUUCUGCGCAACAUCGAUAACAUGAAUGCCCAGCUGGCCGCGUCAGUGCACGAGCCCUGGUACAACAAGCUCAUCGAUGGUACCGCAACCGUCAUCAGCUCCGUCGUCCCAGCCAUGAUAACGAAUUGGUGGAGAUAA